AAAUACGUGAUGUGAAAUAAAAUUAAGCUUCGCCACGGAUUUCUCUGUAGUGUAACAUACUAUUAUCUGAUGAAUGAGACUGAUCCUUAGACCAAAAGAGGUCUGACACAUGAACCGCAAUCACCUUUAAAUGUCUAGCGAAAAAAUGUUUUUAUUACUCAUUGUUACAGAUUGUUUUGCCGAGCAACAUUUAAGAAUGUUAAUUUACGUUUUGGUUAGUCUCUGUUCUAGAUACAGCCGACAAUUUUAUCCAAACUUAUUAAAACUCUUCAUGACCGUUUUUUAAAAAAACCUGUCUGGCAAAUUUUGAAAGUCUCUUCGACAGAGUUAUUAUUUUUUUUAAUAGUAAUUAUGAUCAAAAUUGCACAGCAUUUAUUUUACGCGAUCUUUUCGUUUUCGAAAAUUUGAAAACUGUAAAUUAAAAAAAAAAAAUAGAACGUUUCAAUGGAGUUUAAUUGUAUUCUCAGUGUGUAAAGUUAAGUUUGACCAAAAAUUGAUAAUAAAAAAUAAACUAGGAAAAAAGCCAACAAAAUUUGUGCCCUCACUGUCGGAAGUCGCGUCCAUUUUACUCAACAUGUACCGCGAAAACUAAACAAACCCUAAAGGUCUAUAGAAACCGUUCAAGUAUUUUUAGAAUUUCAAAUUGCUUCAUAAAUUUGAAAUAAAUUGAAGAAUGGCAGUAAAAAAAUUUGAAUGGCUAAUUCAGAUUCAGUUGGAUUCGUUUCAGUACUCAGCCAAAUUCUCACACGCUUUCUCUCUUUUCAGCCGUUCAACACGAGCGUGCACCACGCUCCUCGCAAGUUGUGCCAAUGGUUCCCGCGCGUUCAGUGCUUAGCAGCGCUUAUGAGCAGCCUUCAUCACGCCCUAUUCCAGAACCACAAUUCAGUUAUCUCAAAAGCGAUCCCGGGGAUAGACCACAGAGUCAAAGCAGCCCAGAAGCCGACAUUGAUCACAGCAGGUCCAACGAGCUUCCACGCUUUUCUCCUCCAGCUCCCCAGUCACCCUACCACGGCCAGAAUAACAACCAGUCACCAGACUCCUCAAAAAAGCGCGGAUUUCUGUCGAUAGCAAGUAUGAUUGAAACAAGAGACAACACAGCCCAGCCUUCCCCAAGUAAAGCUCACUCCAGUCCCAGUCAAGCAACAGAGGACUCAAGUGACAGAACGCCAAUGGUAUAUCAACCCUCACCGGAGUCUGUAUAUGAAUCAGCCGUGCAAUUACUGUACAUGUCGGUCACCUGGGCGAGGAACAUACCAACAUUUCUGGACCUUCCAUUCCGUGAUCAGGCUAUCUUGUUGGAGGAGGGCUGGAGUGAGCUGUUUGUUCUGAGCGCAGCCCAGUUCUCUCUGCCAGUGGACAUGGGUCCUCUUCUCUCCGCAGCUGGUCUGCAAGUGGACAAAGCUCCUACUGAUAAAAUAGUCGCAGGAAUGGCGGAUAUUCGUCUCUUGCAGAAUGUUGUGGCAAGAUUCAAGCGAGUACAGAUUGACUCUACUGAAUAUGCCUGUUUAAAAGCCAUCGUACUCUUUAAACCAGACCUACGUGGCCUCAGAGCGCCUCACAUGGUAGAGAGGCUUCAGGAUCAAGCGCAAGCCAUGCUGGGAGAAUACUGCCGCAGCCACAGUCCUGAUCAACAAGUUCGAUUCGGUAAACUGCUGCUAAUGCUUCCGUCUUUGCGAUCAGUCAGUCCGAAGAUGAUCGAAGAUUUGUUUUUCCGCGGAGCUCUUGACAACGUCCCUAUUGAGCGAAUGCUGUGCGAUAUGUUUAAGUCAAGUUAAGUCGACGACUGGUGACUGGUACAUGAAGGCCUGCGUGAACUGUCAUUUCACCAGGCUCAUUGUAUAUACUUAUAACUAUUAAAAUAAUGCUUAGAACAUUUUUGAUAUAGAUUUUCGGACGAAGUUAAUCCGAGCACUAAAUUGACCAUCCUCGACGUUUUGCACUAUUGCAGUCGUUAAUUCACGGCUCAAAUUAAAUGAUAAUUAAUGGAACCUAUCAAAAUAUUAUGAUACCACAGAACUAGAGUCAUAGAUAAGGUUAGCUGCAGUCUUUACAUUAGGGCAUAGAAAAUAUAGGUUAUAACUUAUAACGUGUAAAAAAUAUCAUUGUAGUUUCUAGUAUUUCGAGUCUGUUAUAUUUCUUUUGUAAGAACAAAGGUCAGUUUUUUGUUUUUUUGGUAUUUGGCUAGAAUUAACCUUGAUCUUGUUGUUUUGUACAGAUUUUUAUUUGUCGGAAACGGUGAUUUCUCGCGGGAAAAGAACUGUGUCAGACACAACGGUGUAGUACUUAAAAAGACUGGGAUCUAAUAUUUUACCAAGGACUCUCGCUUCCGCUGGUCACCGCUGACCAGUAAGUGAAGGUCGCUAAAACUUCCGUUCAGUUGAGCUGUAAACGGUCUUUGGUCAGCAAAUAAUUAUAUAGAAUAACGUUUUAUUUCUAGAUGACAUUUUCAUAGUUUUUGCAUGGCAACAAACUGAGUAAAAUAUGUAGAAGUAAUUUUAUAGUUUUGGACUUCUAGCAUGUGUAAUAAUGUACAUAUUUAUACUGUAUUUAAAAUGAACAAUUGGGGGAAGCAUCUAUCAAAUAAGAUGCAAUUUUUCAGCAAUUUAACUAACAUUUCGAAACUUUUCAGUUGUCUGUCAACUUUGUUGUUUCUGAUAUAUGUUUUUCUUUUCUGCUUUUCGUAUUUGAGUAACCAAACAGACCAGCAAAGAAUGAGUUAAUAGGUUCCAUGCAACUAAUUAUUUUAAAGUGGAGUAAUAUCAAAUGAGGUUGAAAAUGUAAAUAUAUUGUGUUUUAGAAAGGGAAACCUGGGGCAGUCGUGAAAAAUAAUUACGUUUGCUUUUUUAAAAUCAUUUUUAUCCCUUAGUAUCCUUUCGUAAAUAUUCUACAGAAUUUUGAGUAUCCUAAAUUUUUGAUAGUUUAAUUUAUACAAAAGCUUUCGAUAUUUGUUUAAACUAAAAUAUAUCUCCUUUCAUAUUUGUCUACUUGUACCAAAGGAGUUUUAAUCCUAAACCUGUAAAAACAAAAUUUUCUAGGAUACUUGGAGGACAAAAAUGCUUGUAGAAAUUUAUACUAUUUAAAUUAAAAUCUUCUACUCAACUUG